AAAAGGAAAUACUGGAGAAGGAAAACUUGGUGACUUAUGGGAUUGGGAGCUGAUGGUGAAGAAAACCUGCUCCUGUGGUUCACAAGAAGAUUCGAAGGUGAAGAAGCUUUGUUCAAUGUCAGUAUUGCUUGAGCUACUCUCUCUUGCCAGUUUGAAAGAGAUAGGGUGUCGGAGUCGCCGCGCCUUUCUCUGUAUAGCGUAAACUUUAGCAAGUCAGUUUUGCCGAGUUGGAAAUUCCAUGGACCCCCAUAAAGAAUUAACAGUGAAGAAGUCAGAGGAGGUAGUUUUAGUGAUUCCGGUAGAGUCAACAGCUGCAGAAAAUUCUUCAAAUCACCCAGUCAAUGAUACAAGGUUGGAGUCUAUGCAGGAACCUCAUAGUGUCAAACCCAGGACACCCAGCUCAGAGAUAUCAAAUUCUGCUGGAAUGACCCCGAAGAAGAACCCUAGGCCCCCACAGCAAGAGGCGCUCAUCCGCUGGAGUUCGUUCACCAAACCCAAGUCAAGAUUUGAAGAGCCUGUGAAUUCUAGUGUCAGCCCCCAUGCAUUGGCCCGUGACCGGCCUUCAAGCUCACCAUAUAAUGGAUCGCCAAACAAAAAAACUUCAGGAAUUCUCAAGACUCUUCAUUCCAACGUUGAUGAAGAAGAAGAGGAAGAGGAGGUUGAAGUGUACAAGAAGGAGUCGCUCCAGGGAACUGGAAAGCGGGGGAAAAAAAGGAAAAUUUGGCUUCUAACUGAGUGGCUGAUGUUAAUUAUGGCUACAGCUUGCUUGAUUACAAGCUUGCUGGUUCACAGGUUGCAAGGAGAUGUGAUCUGGGGCUUGGAGAUUUGGAAGUGGUGCCUUAUGGUGAUGGUCAUUUUCUGUGGGCAACUUAUGACCCGCUGGGUUAUCAGUGUCUUUGUAUUCUUGAUUGAAAAAAAUUUCCUUUUUAGAAAGAAAGUUCUCUACUUUGUCUAUGGACUUCAGAAAAGUGUUAGGGUCUGUGUAUGGUUAGGGUUGGUUCUACUCUCUAGUUCACUCAUUUUCAAUGCCAACGAUGUUCCAAGAUCUCCAAAAACUGCAAAAGCUCUUCAUUACGUGUCCAGAGCCUUGGCUUCACUCUUGAUGGGUUCUGUUAUUUGGUUGGUAAAAAUCCUUUUGGUAAAAGUAUUAGCUUCAUCAUUCCAAAUGAACAGAUUCUUUGAUCGGAUUCAGGAGUCUCUCUAUCACCAGUAUUUGCUGCAAGCUCUUUCAAGACCUCCAGCGAUGGAAAUGGCAGAUAAAGUUGGUCCUUCUAAGAGUUCAGCUGAGUUCAGCUUUAGGUGCAGUGUUAAAAACAAGGGAAAAGGAAAAGAAGAUGAGCUAGAGGUGAUUGACAUUGCAAAGCUUCACCGCAUCAGCCAGGAGAAAGUCUCAGCUUUGGCCAUGCGAGGUCUUGUAAACGUUAUUAGAAGCUCUCGGCUCUCAACAAUAUCAACUAAGAUUGAUGAGAGCUUCGAUGAGGAUAGGGGUGAGCAAAGACAUAAGGAGAUAACUAACGAGGGAGAAGCAAGGGCUGCAGCUUACCAGAUUUUUAAGUUAGUUGCAAAACCUGGUUACAAAUACAUUGAAGUGGAGGAUCUUAUGAGUUUUUUAAGCAAGGAGGAGAUCAUAUAUACGCUCCCACUUUUUGAAGGAGCUUCGGAGACUGGGAAGAUCAUGAAAUCUGCAUUGAGGAACUGGGUGGUGAAAGCUUAUCUUGAUCGCAAGUCCCUCGCACAUUCACUGAAUGACACCAAAACAGCUGUCAAUCAACUGCACAAGCUUUUGUCUACUAUUGUUAUUGUUCUUAUCAUAAUCAUCACAGUGAUUAUCAUGGGUUUUGCCACAACAAAAGUGUUAGUUUUGAUCUCAUCUCAGGUUGUACUAGUAGGCUUCAUAUUUACAAAUAGCUGCAAAACUGCUUUUGAAGCAAUCAUAUUUGUCUUUGUGAUGCAUCCUUUUGAUGUUGGUGACCGAUGUGUGAUUGAAGGUGUUCAGAUGAUUGUCGAAGAGAUGAACAUUUUGAGUACUGUUUUUCUUCAACUUGACAACUCAAAAAUUUACUAUCCAAAUUCAGUCUUGGCCAACAAACCAAUAAGAAACUUCUAUCGGAGCCCUAACAUGGGUGAUACUGUGGAAUUUUCUGUUGAUAUGUCAACUUCAACGGAGAGAAUAGCUGAUCUUAAGGCUAGGAUUAAAACGUAUCUUGAGGGAAAACCAAACCACUGGCAGCAAAACCACAGCAUUGUGGUGACGGACAUUAUAAAUGUCAAUAAAAUGAACAUAGUCCUCCAUGUGACACACACCAUGAACUAUCAGAAUAUGGUUGAGAGGGACAGCCGACGAACUGAUCUUGUCCUCGAGUUGAAGACGAUCUUUGAAGAGCUCUCCAUUCAGUACAAUCUCCUUCCUCAGGAGGUGCAGCUCAGCUACAUUGGGGCAAACCCAUUGCCAAUGUCAACCUGCAAUGCUCAAGCUUGAAUCUUGUCGCUUUUUGAAGGAAAUUCAAAAUUUUCUACAGGUUAAGGAGUCUGCAUAUUGAGGUUGUGUAUGCAUGCAGUGAUGCUAGUGUAGCUUUUAUUUCAGCUCUUUGGUUUAUGUUUUUCUUUGUAGCUAGAGUGGCUAUCAUAUAUAUUAUUUUGGACUCUAUCUUUACGAUAUAAUUCUGAACUAUAUAAAUAUAAAUUAUGUUUUCCACUGUUUAUUAAUUCUCUGUAAUGAAAUUAAUUCAGCUCUGGAUGUUGA